AUGUCCUCACAUCAAAAGACAUUCGAUGAUACCCGCCUCAAAGUGUUUGAAUGGUUGAACAACACCCGCUAUGCAGCAUCUUCACUCGAACCGUUGAUUGGAGGUCAGGCAAACUUUACCUACCAUGCCAAACUUUUGACUCCUCUUGAAGAUGGGACUACUGAAGUUGUGGUCAAACACGGGGAGCCCUUUAUGGCAAGGCAUCCUACUAACGAGAUCACAACACAUCGAUGCUGUGUCGAAGCUGAGUGUUUGAUGGAGCUCAACUCGGCAGAAACGUAUCUGGAUCAACUUGGUGGCGCGAAUUGCACUGCCCGUACGCCGAGGUGCUUCUACUACGAUGAUGACACCAAAACUCAGAUCCACGAGUAUCUCCCUAACACGGUUGAUCUCAAGACGUACAUCCAAAACCAUUUCUCAUGGCCAACUCCCAAGAACCUUGAGCUGCCAUGCCGUAAUAUCGGCAAGACACUGGCAGAGUACAUCUCCAAGUUCCACCUCGCCAGCGGACCGAUGGUCCAGUCUCCACGAAAGUCAUUUACUGCGCUUCGAAGCAAUGAGCAGAUGCAAUCACUCAAGCACAUGAUCAAUUAUGAUUGGUUAUUGCAGCGAAUUGACCAGUUCCCCGACACUUUGUCUGAUGCGAGAGACGUAUUUUACCAGGUCAAGCUGCAGGCCUUGCUCGAGUCUAAUGAUAAACCUAUACACGGCGACUUUUGCCCCCAAAACAUUCUCCUUGCCGACGCGCCUCUUGAUUCUCAAACCGAUAUUUCCUUGUUCGUCGUCGACUGGGAGAACGGCCAACUCGGCGUAGAGAACCUUGACCAUGGAGAAAUGAUAGGGGAGCUGUACGCCCUGUGGCUGUCUCAGAAGAUGGACGCGGCGCUCUGGUUGGUGCAGGGAUACUCCGACGGACUUGGGCCAAGACCGACGGACGUUGUUUGGAGGCUUGCCGUGCAGGUGGGCGUCCAUCUGCUGAGCUUUGGUACGUUUGGGGGCACGCCGGCUCAAGCUGAGGAUGUGGCAAGGCAUGGAAGAGAUAUUAUUGUGAACGCCUGGAAGAAGAACAGAUCUUGGUUUGGCGAGAACGAGCUUGCAUGUUUGUUUACCCGGGUUGAAGAAUAG